CAUUGGCUGAAGAGUGGAAGAAAUUUAGGUUGGAAUAAUUCUGCCAACGGUCGCGGGAAGCGGAGCAGGACAGAUUGUGACAAUAUUUCAGGUAAACAAACAGUCGACUGGAGUAUUUUGACAGCUAAACACAAGUACUAAAUUAAUGAUUGUUUUUUGUAGUAAAUAAGCGCUCAGCAUAAUAUAUUGUUAAUUUGCCAGUACGGUGUUCUGCUCCUCAUUGAACGAAGCUAACGCGUUACCAUGCCACUGUAGCUAGCUAACCGCUUUAACAUAUUUGCAAGGCCAGUGAGCGAAAGUUAGCUAAUUUAUUUAGCCACGUCAUUUUGGAUUACAAAUUGACUCAAGAUUGUAGCGCCAUGGGCACACUGAUGUCAAGCUACUCGGGAUAAUUUAUAAACGAUUUGGCUAGCGGUGUUUAGUUAGCUAGCCACUUUUACGCUAUAGCCAACGUUACUGCGUCUGGGAAGUGAUGAGUUUCAGUUGCCGAAUGUUCGUCGGUACGUCCCAAAAGAUGGGACUUAUUCGACAGAGACUAGACUUCAACCAGAGUGAUGGAGAGGACGAUGGCAACAACAGCAUUGGAGCCGAGUCGAGUCUCGCCGAAAUGGACUCCCCAGUGCAAUCGCCGAGACACAACUCCAACUUUAACCAAGACGUCUGUAACGGCACCAUGAAGACAGCUACCGCGGAGGAUCGCGUUGAACAUUGGGAUGAGGGAUUUGGAUGUCUUUUUCCCCAAAAAUCAACAGGGACUGACUUGAUGAGUGGGUCCCCUUCUCCGAGAAAAGGGGCCCGGCCCUACUACAACAGCUCGUCCCCGGAGUUUUCCGACAAUCAGGAGGAUGGAAGCUCUCCCAUUCCCGAUUGUCCCGACACACCGCCCCAUAAAACCUUCAGAAAACUCCGACUAUUUGAUGUCCCCCACACACCUAAGAGUCUGUUGUCCAGAGCCAGGGCGGUGGCCACAGGAUCCACAGUCUGCCGGGUAGGAGUAGGUGUCUACAUGAAUGGGGACUCAACAGGAAGACCACACACAGACAGCAGGAGUAGACAGGCACCCAUGAUCAACAUCAAUCCAUUCACCCCUGACUCAUUACUGAUCCAGACAGCAAUGUUACAAAGGAACAACAGAAAGAGAUCACACAGGAAUGACUCAUGUGGAGAGGACAUGGAAGCCAGUGAUGCAGAGUGUGAAGAGGACAUCAUUCCACCAUCAAAGAGAAUGACUCUUAUGGAUAGCAACAUGAUAUCAAGAUAUGCCACAGAGUUUCAUGAGCUGGAGAAGAUAGGAUCUGGGGAGUUUGGCUCCGUCUUCAAAUGUGUGAAAAGACUCGAUGGCUGCAUCUAUGCCAUCAAACGCUCAAAGAAUCCCCUCGCUGGAUCUGUAGAUGAACAGAAUGCACUCCGGGAGGUGUAUGCCCACGCGGUCUUGGGACAGCACCCCCAUGUGGUGAGGUACUACUCUGCCUGGUCAGAGGACGACCACAUGCUCAUACAGAAUGAGUACUGUAACGGCGGCACACUGUCAGACGUGGUCACAGAGAACUACAGAACCAUGCACUUCUUCUCUGAGCUGGACCUCAAGGACCUUCUCCUUCAGGUGGCCCGUGGACUGAAGUACAUUCACUCUACCUCUUUGGUUCACAUGGACAUCAAGCCAAGCAACAUCUUCUUAUCCCGGAAGACUGUGGUGUGUGUCGAUGAAUUUGACGAUGAGGAAGGACCAAAUAGAAAUGUUGUUUACAAAAUAGGUGAUCUUGGCCAUGUGACCAGAAUGGACAAUCCUCAAGUUGAAGAAGGGGACAGCAGGUACCUGGUCAAUGAAGUCUUACAAGAGGACUACAGAAACCUCACCAGGGCAGAUAUUUUUGCCCUAGCACUGACUGUGAUCAGUGCCUCAGGAGCUGAACCACUCCCAACUAAUGGUGACAAGUGGCAUGACAUCAGACAAGGAAAACUACCUGCGAUACCUCAAGUGCUCUCACAGGAAUUCCUAAGUUUACUGAAGUUGAUGAUCCACCCUGACCCUGCCAGUAGGCCGUCUGCAUCUUCCCUCACCAAGCACCCCGUCCUCCUCACUGCCUCCCGCAUGAGCGCUGACCAGCUCCGUGUGGAACUGAACGCAGAGAAGUUCAAAAAUGCGCUACUGCAGAAGGAGCUGAAAAAGGCCCAGCAGGCCAAAGUAGCUGCAGAAGAGAAGUUUCUGAUCUCAGAUAGGGUCCUGACGCGCUCCACCCUCCGGUCCAGCAGGAGCUCCAGGCUCAUUGGCAGGAAGAUGAACCGCUCAGUCAGCCUGACCAUCUACUGAGCAGGCCAACUGUCAACCCAAAUGGGUAUCAGACUGGGUCAUAUUCACUAGGCACGACAUGGGGAAAGAAAAGAAACGGGCCAAAACAGAGAGGGACUACCUGAAAUUGUCCAAUUAGAAAUGCUUGUUUUCUGUUGCAAAAUUUCUUGCUACCGUGUGCGCUAAUGAAAACAACCUUGGUUGCACUCGACAGUGACCUGGGAAGGCCUCCCUAGGCAGACAUGGAGAGAUGGGCUUCAGAGUGUACAACCGACUAUUAUAGUUCUUACUGUUUGGUACUUGGAAAGGGUUAGUAAGACAAUGGACCAAAUUUAUUUGAUUCUAAAGAGUGAAAGGGUUGUUACCUUCCCAAUCUCUUGGCAUGUUCUGGCAAUUGGUAUUAAAUAACAUAGCCGAUUUUUGUUUUUAAUGGGAUGUGGGAGCAUGCUAGAACAUUCUGUUGCCAGUGUGAGGGUUUGGAAUGGUGUGAUACAAAUUUGCACUUUACAGUCUUAUACCUGAUUUCCAGGUAGUGGAACUGGAUCAUUGACUAGGAAUGAUUCAAUGAGCACUUUGAACUUGCCUUAUGUAAACUAUUUGGCUCUGUUGGUAGUGCAUGGCGCUUGCAAUGCCAGGGUUGUGGGUUCGAUUCCCACGGGUGACCAGUACGAAAAAAGUAUGAAAAUGUAUGCACUCAUUACUGUAAGUCGCUCUGGGUAAGAGCGUCUGCUAAAUGUAAAAAUGCAUACUGCUGCUAUAUUUGUUGGUUUGUCUUGAACUUUAGUGGAGUUCAGUGAAUUUGUAAAUUCCAUUCAGAUGUUUAGAAUAGUUUCUGUAAAACAUGGAAUUUCAAUGUGUUGCAUCUGUAAUACAUUUCCUAUCUGAAGCUCAUUAUGUAUUGAGUUGUGUACACUGUUUAAGACGUUUUACUCAUGUACAUUUUGUAUGAUGAGUCAUCCAAUCGUGUGUGAUGCAGUUGGUGAAAGUGGAUCAUUGUGUCAAGCCCCGGUGUCAUUUUAUAUAUGAUGCAAGGAACCACUGAACAAUUUGUUUUUGUAAAGUACGUAUUUUCUUCUGUUCAAAACCCAUCAGAACUGUAGCAUUAUUGACUAAUUUACAUCUUCUCAUGUUUUACAAUGAUGUAUAUUAUGCAUGUAGAUAAUUUUGACAGCUAUUGGUUUCAUGUUACUUGUUCCAAGUUCAAUAAAAUCACUCCCGAUAAUAUGGA